AUUUUAUUUUACGCUUUAGUACGUGGAAUCUUCUGUACAACGACCCACUUAGUGUGAUUGAUUUUUGUAUUAUCUAACAUAAGAUUCUUUACUGUGAUCGAUAAAUCAAACCCAGUUUCGUUAUCGCUAGAUCUAUAUCUCACAAGGAUUUAGCAGUGUUUACAUUAACUCUAUAAAGCAGGUGAAAAUGUCCAAGUCGAAUCAAUCCUUGGAGCUGUAUGUAUUUGUUCUUGUUGUUGUGACACUUGCCAGCGUACAUUGCAGUGCCAUACCUGACAAGAAACAGCGUGUUCAGGAUAAGCCUCUGAGUAGUGAGCCUCACGAAGUUCAUGGAGAACAUAAUCCUGACUAUGAUCAUGAUGCUUUCUUAGGCCAUGAAGAAGCAGAGACAUUUGAUCAGCUGUCUCCAGAAGAAAGCAAGCAGCGUCUCUCCAUUAUUGUAGACAAGAUUGACAAGGAUAGAGAUGGGGAAGUAACAGAAGCUGAGCUUAAGGAAUGGAUCCAGUAUGUCCAGAGAAGGUAUAUUGUCACAGACACUGACAGAAUGUGGAAAGACCAUGAACCAGAUGCUGAAAAUACACUCACCUGGGAGUCCUAUCAGAAACGUACUUUUGGCUACAGUGAUGACCCAGUGGAAGGCUCCCCAACCUUUGAAUACAAAGACAUGAUCCAGAGAGACAGAAGAAGAUGGCACCAGGCUGAUAAAAAUGGAGAUGGGAAACUGACUAAAGAAGAAUUUCAGGAUUUUCUUCAUCCUGAGGAAGCUGAACACAUGAGAGGCAUAGUUGUUGAUGAAACUUUAGAAGAUAUUGAUAAAGAUGGGGAUGGAUACAUUAGUCUUCAAGAAUAUAUUGAUGAUAUUUGGGGUGAUGAUGAUGCUGAUGAGGAAGAUGAGGAGUCAAACAGAGAAGGAGAGCCUGAGUGGGUCAGGUCUGAGAGGGAACAAUUUGUACAGUACCGUGAUAAAAAUGCAGAUGGAAAGCUGGAUAACCAGGAGAUAAGAGACUGGAUCAUUCCAGAGGACUAUGACCACAGCUCAGCUGAGGCGACACAUUUGAUCAGAUCCUCAGAUGAAAAUGGGGUUUGUGACAUGUGGCCCCGUAGUGCUGAGGAAGAAGGCCAGGAAGAGCCUAGUUGGGUUAAGUCAGAACGCGAGCAAUUUUCCAAUUAUCGUGAUAAAAACAAGGAUGGUAAAAUGGACAAGGCUGAGGUUAUGGACUGGAUAAUACCUCAUGAUUAUGAUCACUCUAAAGCAGAGGCUAAACACCUGAUAUUUCAGUCCGAUGUCAAUCAGGAUGGCAAAUUAAGUAAAGAAGAAAUCCUUGACAAGUAUGAUUUAUUUGUUGGCAGCCAGGCUACAGACUUUGGAGAGGCUCUGACCAAACAUGAUGAGUUUUGAUGAGAUAUUUGAGAUAGACAUCUCACAAGACUUUAAUUGAUUGGAGCAAAAAAAAAAAAAAAGAAAGUGUUUGUUGUCUGCAGAAUAAAUGCUGUAGUAUGAAUAUUGUUUUAUAGGUCAGUGAUAUUUUAAACUAAUCUGAAAACAAAGCCAUAACACAAUUUUACUAUCCCCCCCCCCCCCCCUCCCAAACUUCAUUGAAUGGGAAUAUUAUAUCACACAAUUUGAGUCAUAAACCAGUUCUUAUACAAGCAUAUUUGUAUUUGUAAAAUAUCUGUGACAUUAAUAUUCAACUGUGUUUGUUUUUUUUUAAAUUAAAAACAAAAAAAGAUUUGUGUUAUGACUGAACAACAAAUUUCUUUGGUUAACUUCUCUUUUGAUACUUUUUUUUUGUUAGAAUUUAGAAACAUUUAACUUCACUUAUUCAAAGAUUGUAUCCAAAGUUAAAUUGCUUAUCAAUAAUAGUAUUUCUUUUUAAGUUAGCUCUCAUGCAUGUAUUUUAUGUAAAUACAAGUUUAAACAUUGCUGAAUUCCGUCCUAUAAAUAUUUCUUUAUGCCCCAAACAAUCCCUUUUCUAUUCGUGACCAUCGAUUAAACAACUAUACAUUUUUAUUUCCUAAGUAAUUUUUAUAAUUUGUAUGGAUUGCACUGGUAUAGUUGACAUGCCACACACACUAGAAAACCUCAACUUUGUGCAAUGUUUUUCAUAACAGUAUUUCACCUUGGUUUUAAAACUUGUUUUUCAAGAUGUUUCUCCUUUUUUUUUUCAACAUUGGAAUAAAUGGGGUGAAAGUGUAGAGUUUAAAUGGGUUUAUUUAUUUUAAAAAAAUGCAAUUGUUUGAUAUUAUGUUGGGGCAAUACAAAUAAUGUUCUUGUUUUAGGUAAAGCCUUUCCCAGGACUUGGUCACCUACUUAAAUGUUUGCUGCUUUUCUGUUCUCAAACUCUCACUUUCAUUGGUUCUUAUGUCAUUUAUACAUUUUUUUUUUUUACACAUUUGUAUUUGUAAACUGAUAACUAUGUUUAUUGUCAAAGUUGAACUUUGCACAUUUUUAGGAGUGCUGGAUACUUAAGAGUAGCAUGUUACUUGCUUUAGCCUAAUGGUUCACUUUUUUCACUUUUUAUUGUUUUUUUUUUUUUUUGCUGUGAUGAUAGCCCACAAAAUUAAUGGUACUAAAGAUGGCAAAAAUGUUUUAUAAUUUGUAUUUAAUCAAUAAGAAAAAGUAAUUUUCUUUUGUGUCAACUUAUACUUUGAAUAUCUUGGUUAUUAUGUAUUAAUAAUGUUUUGAAACUUGAGAUUUUAAAAGAAACUAUUGAAAAUAUAUAUUUUUUUUUUAGCUAUUUAGUAAAGAACAAUAAUCUGGAUAUUUUUGGGAACAAUUACAGUCCCCUGUCCUUCCUUGUAACUUUCUAGACUUUUAAAAUUUUUUAGUUUUUAAGUUGUUUUUUUACUGAUGUGAAAAAUUAUAAUAAUGAUUGUUUAAACAAAAAAGGCAUCCUUAAGUUUAAUAUAUAUAUGCUUGCAACCUUAUGUAUCCUGAUGUUGGGGUAAUUGGAAAGACCUAAAAUGAAAAUGAUUUUUUAAAAUCUUGUAUGCCAACAUUUGCUUGUCAUAAGUGAUCUAAUGCGAAGAUUUCCUAUUCCUCUAUGUCCUGUAGAGACUUACUGAUCAUUGAAUGGGACAAUUACAUGUACACAUAUUGUGAUGAAAUGAUGAUGUAGUUUUAGAACAAAACAUCUUUUCACAUCAUGAUGGAUCUAUUGAAAUGUUUAUGCAUGUUAAAUUGUCAAAACAACCCUUACAUACUUUCUGCAUUUAUUAUUAUUUUUUAGGGUCUUUUUAUGAACAGAGCCAUAUCUUUAUUGUUGACAGAUUCAUGAUUUGAGAUUGUGUUCCAUUUGUUUUCACUGUACCCCAGAAGCUUCUAGAACAAUCUUUUUACUGGGGAGCUCUGAGUUGACUUGCCAACCAAAUAUCUGCUGUUUCUGAAUGAACUUCCUUCAUUUUCAAUGCUUCCUUUAGUGUACAUCCCUUUGGUUUUGUUUUCUGGAUUACAUCCCUUAGUUGUUUUAAGAUUAUGCCCCUUUAAUUUGGUGCAAAUGUUUGUUAUUCAUAAAAUGUACAUAUAAAAAUUAGACCUUUUGCUUUUCUGCCUCAUUCAUGUUAUCUAACACAAGUGUGUAUGUCUACAUACAAUCCAUUUUAUAUAUGUCUUUGUCAAGAAGGAACUCUUUCUUAAUAGACAUUAAUUGUGACCCAAAUACAUUAGGUUAUUUUAUUGGAACUUGAUUAAAUUAAAAAAAAAAUAUUAAAAUGUAUAAUAAUAAUAAUAAUCUUUAUUACCAGUAAGUAAAUUUGUUUUACUAUUGUGCAUUACAAAAAAACAAUACAGGACUAGAGCAAACAUUUGUACAAUAGCACACAAGAAAUAUGUUCUAACCCCAUUAGAUCUAGUUCCUAGUCUUCUAAAGCUAUUGUUUUUUUUUUUAAAUAUGUAACAAAAGCUAUGUGACUUCUGGAUGACAACAUCUUGUUGUGUUCCUCUUAAGCUGGGUAAGAGUUAUCUGUCUCUCUCUCUGCCCAUCUUGUAACUAACAUAUCUAGUUCUAUAGAAAUACAUUUAUUGAAUAUUGUAUUAUUGGCUGAAUAUUUUAUGUAUGGAUUUUUGUAAGGCAAUCAUUCAAUAACAAAUUAUUUGCACAAUUAAUUUUUUUUUUACAUUUGUAUUGGAAUAAUAUUAACAUGAGUAGAGUUGUGUGUGAAUAGAUUCCCAUCUAGUCAUCAUAUUGUGUUGGCAUGUAUAUACCCUGCAUUACUAAGACUGAACAUGUUAAUUGAGUAGAAACUGUUGUAAGAAAGGUACUGACUGGACUAACCCUUCUGCAUGAGUCAAGAACAGGAACUCUGAAGCUUUUCUUAAUCUUGUAUUUGUUUUCUGUUUAGAGUAAUGGCUAGAGUAUUGGUUGGGGGAAUGGGUCAAAGUUCAUUUCAAUGGCUAGACAUGUACAGGUGGGACUAAAUACAAGUUUGAGACAAGCUGCAGUAGAUGCCCCUGUGUGUGUGUGUGGGUUUGUUUGUCCUUGCAUGCUGCGCUAAAUUCUUCCAGUACUGACCUAUGUAUGUAUAAUCUCAUGUACUAUUGUUGUAUUCAGAAUGUUAGAGAAAUGAAGCAGCCAAAACAUUGUGUGGCAUGGCAUCAAGAUCAAAAUAUGUAUUUGUUACAGAACAAAUCUCAAAAAUAAAGUUUGUGCUUUUUGAAGAGA